CUGUCAUUCCUCCCACCCUCUCCCAGCAGGGUGGAGUCUAUCAGUUGAUCUGACCAGUUUCAGGGUGAACCACCAGUUGUACAGGGGUGAUCCGGUACUCCUGGCCUCCUCCUUUCUCUCCUUCUCCUUCCAGAGGAGGUUUCUAUGCCUCCUCCCCUAUACUCCCUCUCUUUCUUUGGAUCUCCGAUGCCUCAACCCUGAUCCUUCUAUUUUUCAUGGGUUCCAAGAUUUCGCUGUUAAUUACAACAGAUCUCGCCGGAGCUUGUCUCUACUCUCCUCAUCCCUUCUUCCCUUUUACAUUUGGAUCACUGGGUUCUAACAGUCGAUCAUCCAAGCAACCAGGCAACUAAUAGACAGGUUAAAAAGCGAACCGACAAGCAAGUAUGACAGACAAACCGGGCAUGCCGACUGGUGGCGGAGAUGAUGCAGGAAGCAUCAUGGCGUUGCUGGAGCGUGUGGCGGGCCUCAUGGACAGCGUCCAGACCACGCAGCAGCGCAUGGAGGAGCGUCAGCUGGAGCUGGAGAACACGGUAAAGACCAUCCAGACCGACAUCGUCAAGCUGACCAGCGACCACGCCAACACCAGUUCCACUGUCGACAGGCUUCUGGAGAAGACGCGCAAGGUCAGCCGCCACAUCAAGGACGUCAGGGUGCGUGUGGAGAACCAGAACAUCAGGGUGAAGAAAGUGGAGGCCACCCAGGGCGACCUCCUGGCCAAGAACAAGUUCAGGGUGGUCAUUUAUCAGGGUGACCAGGAGGUGAAGGCCGUCACACCAGGCAAUGAGCCAGCAGAACCCAGCGGCAGCACCGGCGCCAGAGCCGAGGUGGAACCGGACAAGUUUGAGCUCCCUCCAGAGUCGGAUGAGGAGUACAUGGUGGUGGAGGAGGCAGACUCCUCGGCGGCCGGCCGCAUGAAGAAGACGGGGCUGACGCGCAUCGAGAGCUUCAAAGCCACCUUCUCCAGGGAGAAUAUGAGCAAGACCCGCGAAAACCUGGGCACCAAGGUCAACAAGUUCGGCGAGCGCAUCGUGACGGCCGAGAGGCGUGAAAAGAUCCGCCAGUCCGGCGAGAGGCUGAAGCAGUCCGGCGAGAGGCUGAAGGAAACCAUCACCAAGAGCGUCCCGGCCAAGCUCAACCUGAAGAAGGAGAGGACUGUGGCUGAGGGCCAGGAAGGAGCCGAGGGCGCCACGGAGGGAGCCAUGCCCGUCCCUCCUCCUAAGGGCCGCAAGGGCAGCCCGGAUGCUGCCAAGGCGGCUGACGAUGAGGGCAAGACGGAGGAGUCUGAGGUGCCGAUGUACGACAUGAAGCAGCUAUCGUAAACCGUGAGACAGUGACAAGAUCUGGGCCGUUUUCUUUGGACCACUGAGACCGCACAGAGGGAGUGAAAGAGAAGUUUUUAAGGUCGCUGCUACCAAGCAGAGCUGCAAGACGAAAUAAUGAAGAUUAACAUUUGUUUGAACGUUGUUGAAGGAAGUGAGCAGAGAACAGGCCGGUCACAGAUCCACCCUGACUGAACAUCAAGACAACAACCAAACAGAUUCCUGAAAUCAUUGAGGUCUUUCAUAUGCAGUUAUGUGUGUUCUGGACAUUUAUUAUCAAAUCAGCAAAUAUAUAUAGUAUUUUUUUGUUUUGUGUUCAAUAAACACUGACUUUGGAAAAUAAAUGAACAAAGUGUUCAGACUUCUCCAUAAAACUUCGUCACACCGCUGCUGUUCGCUUGUUUUUGCAUGUUGAUGAGGUUGAAAUGUUGGAUGAUAAAGCUAUAACGGGGUUACGGUACGUGAAAUGAUUAAAGUUAAAAGGCUAAAAACUGUUUGUCACUGGGGACUUGAAUAAACGUAACAGUGAGAAAAAGAACUAAUUAGUGUUUGGAGGCAACAAUCAGGAGGGGAGGCUGUUUGUUCCUGCAGAGGACCUGCAUUACACAUAUUGACACAUAGACCCAAGACCCAUGGCAAAAGAAUGGGACCCUACCCGGACCCAGUUAGAUAUAGAAUAUAAUUUGGACCUAUCCCGAUAUAAAUCCUGGGUCGGGUCUUGGUCACUAGGAACAGAGAGAACCCGUGAAGACCUCUAGUUUGCGUAAGUGGAAAAUGUAUCAAGCACUUUGUCUGUUCUGCAGCUACGAGCAGAUUUAAAAUGAGUAAGACCUGAAAAUCUGUGUUUGCUAGAAUACUUACGGAAACAGUAAAUGACCGAUAGGUUAGCGAGCUGAAGAGGCUCUAAAUAAAACCACAUUUUGUUUUACCACCAUUACAUAAGUAAAAUACUUCUAAUACAGCAUCAUUGAAGUCUACGUUUAAAAGCCUUUAAUUAUUGAUUGAUUAAUAAACAUCUAAAUAAAGGAUUAAUUCAUAUUUAAAAUGUGUAUAAAGUUUUUGUGUGUUAGUGUUACACAUGGGUGAGUGCGAGAUUUGUCCAAACAGUCUUGUAGCUACAGUAUUAAUUAGCAUUUGGCCACUGACUGGUGAAAAUAUUCCACGCUGGGAAAAAUUAUCAGAAUUUCUGAUUAAUUUUGAAGGAAAUGGUUUUUUUGGUGUGUAAACAGAGGAACUCACAAAAUUCUGAUUAGUUUUAUUUUUGAACAGGGGUCAAACUACCAGAUCCAGCCUGCGAGUAAACUUCACGAGGCCCCCUCAACAUCUUAAGAAUUUAUUGUUAAAUUAUUUAUUCUAAAUCCAUUUUCCUCACAUUUUCAAUUUCCCCCCAGUCUUUUAUUUAAAAGUAAUUAUUUUAUUUUAGAGCAAAGCUACAAAUUGGAGCAUAAAAUCUGGUUUUGUAUUUUACAUUUAGCACUAACUGUGCAACUCAUUAACAUGAACUCUUUAGCUGUGACCGACAGCAGUUUUCACCUGCCAGCAGUGCUAUAACAGCACUGUCGCUGUUUAUUCUGUAAGCAAACCUUGUAACUUUGAUGUUUGAUGACAAUCAACAUUUUUACAGCAUCGUUGGUGUUUUUAACAUUAACAGCGAGUGACUGCAUGGCUGUCACAUUAAAGCAGGUUUGUGUUUGUCAUCUUGAGAAAAUAAAAGUUCCCUUGAAUCUUUUCUGUAACCAAAGUGAAUCCAGUAAAGAGAGAUUUUUUAUUAGAGAAGCUGUUACAACUUGAUAUAAUACAACAGUACAAGCUUGAUAUAAAGAUCAGUAGUUAUUUUAAUUAAAAAACAACACUAGGUCUCACUGUAGAUGAGUGUCAGUGUAUUAUUUGUGUGUAUCGGUUAAUAAAUCUGUAUGAAUUCCUCCUGAUGCUGUUCUUCAAUAAAGAAGCAAACGUCACUGUCACAACAGACAGCAGUUUUUAGGGAUUUACUCCUAAAUCUUCACAGCUCUCAGUAUCGUUAACACACACAGCAGAAAAGUCCGACAUUCUUUAACUUCAGAGAUGAAGCCCAAAAACAUUUCAUUUCAAACGUGAUUCGUGUCUUUAAGGGACGGAACUCAAACUUCUAAGAGACGAAAGAGUUGAUCAAAGUCUUAUUUGAUUAAUAAUAAGCUUUACCUUCUUAAAACAGAGUAUAUCAGUUUAGAAAACUGAAGUUACAUUAAGUAUGAUUCUUUAGCUUAUCAGCAACCCAACAAAUCACCGUCCUCGCUAAGAGACGAGAGAAAAUCUGUGCUGGAAUCUGGAUUUUAGGAAUUAAAGAGAAAGUAAAGCAACAAAUCAAACUCCAGAGAAAAACUCUGAGCAGCACAGUGCCGAGAAGCUGUGUGUAAAGGAACAGUCUGACAUGUAGUACAAUGUUCUUGUCCGAGGUUUCAGAUAUCUGUGUAAUCUGUGUGUGUGUCCGGUUUAGAGUGAACCGCUCACACACACACACACACACACACUCGUCACUGCUGCGUCGGAGCUUCUGUGUCUUGUUAGUUUGAUUUGUUCUUUGUUUUGUAGGUUUGGGUGCUUUAGGUGAGUUUUUGUGUUUAAGUUUGUUUCAAACGUUAUUGGGGCUUUGGGGUUUAAGAGUGUCUGUGUUUUGUUUUUAUGGGUAUUUUUUAGAAUAGUGACUAAGAUGUUGUGUUGUGAAAUUAUACAGUGUAAAAAUAAACUUAGCGCUCUCUGGUGGACACACUGUGUAAUGAAGACACUGUUUCUCAAUGAGCUCAGACAUUUCUGACUUUCACUGUUACGGUCAAAAGGUACUCAAAACCAAAAACUUUCUCUUAACAAUUGUGUCUACAAAAUAAAAUCUGUCUUCAGCUUUUUGUGGCGGGUUUCAACUGAUAUCAGGAAGCAGGUCAGCCAAUGUGCCAAAUCCCUGUUAUUCAUCUAAUAUCACACAAAUGACACUUUAUAUUACAAAGCAUAAUCAAAAAUAGUGAAUACACCACUUCACUCUGUUGAAAUAUUUGAUAUGGUGUAUUUCCUCAUCAGUUGUGUUAUAUUUGCUGUUUCGGGGCCAUGAACCUCAGCUUACUGAAGCGCUUUAACUUUCAAGUCUCUGCUACUUGAUUUAAAUAGAAAUUAAGUAAAACCAAAGAAGAAGAUCCAGGAUUUGGAAAAUCAAAAUC